AUGCGUCUUCUUCCUCUCCUCAUCCCCUUGUUCGGGCUUGGCGACGCUCUCUUAGUCCCCAACUCCAGCGGCCCAUACGGUGUUGCUCUCCGCGUCCAAGGCAUGACCGACGAUCAUCGCAUCGAUCCAUAUGACCCCAAGAAGGGCCAUAGACAAGUCCUCACCUCUGUCUUCUGGCCAGUUGAUAAAGACUCCUGCUCCAAGAAAAUCAUCCCUUACAUGCCACCUGCUACGGCUGCAUACUAUGGACAACACGCACAGGCCCUAGGUCUCUCAAACGAUACCUUCAAGGCAUUUGAAUUCGAGGUCUGCACUCCCAAAACCUCCAAGUCUGGAUGCGCAUCAGACAAAAAGUACCCUGUUGCUAUCUUCUCGCCUGGCGCUGGUAACUCCCGACUUUUGUACAGCGCCAUGGCACGCUCGCUUGCGAGCCACGGAAAUGUCGUGGUUCUCAUCGACCAUCCUUACGACCAAGACGUUGUCGAGUUUCCGGAUGGAAAGAUCAUUAAAUCAGCCAAUAUCCCUGAGGAUAUCCCUAGUCUUAAUAAAUUGUCUCAGGUUCGGGCAAAGGAUAUUUCCUUCGUCAUCUCACAGGUCAAGACCCCUUCAUUCCAGCGUAAAUUGUUCAAAGGAUUUCCAGGCAGCGUUGACACCAACAAAAUCGUUGCCCUUGGCCAUUCACUGGGCGGUGCCAGCGCAGCCAACGCAGUCCUCGAAGACUCUCGUAUCCGAGGUGGAAUGAACCUGGACGGUCAACUGUUCGAGCCAGCUCUCAGCAAAGGACUCAAGAAGCCCUUCUAUCUGAUUGGAAGACCCAGCCACUCCGAAAGCGACAAGACGUGGAACAAGUUCUACAACAACUUGAAGGGCCCUAAGGAUAUGAAGUUGAUCAAGGGAACCCAGCACGGCUCUUUCACCGACUAUCCUCAGUUGAUCAGUGCCUUGGGCUUGCCAGAGGAAGCUAAGAAGACUGUUGAACCAAUGAUUGGGUCGGUGGAUGGACCAGUUUUGGAAAAGCUAAUCGCCAAGACUGUUGUGGGCUACAUGAAGCUCUGCUUCAGCCAUAACUAA